AUGGAUGAUUUGGCGUUACUUGAUCUUCUGGAGUGUCCCGUGUGUUUUGAAAAGCUCGAUGUCACAGCCAAAGUCCUCCCCUGCCAGCACACCUUUUGUAAACCAUGUCUACAGAGGAUAUUCAAAGCACGAAAGGAACUGAGGUGCCCAGAAUGCAGAACCCUUGUCUUCUGCGGUAUUGAGGAGCUCCCAGCCAACUUGCUCUUGGUGCGUCUCCUGGAUGGCGUCCGAUCGGGUCAGAGCAUGGUGAGAGCAGGCUCCAUCCGAAGACCUGGCAUAUUGACCUCUCAGGACCCAAGCAGGAAAACUAGGACAGAUCCCAGAGGCUCACAGCCUAGUCCAUACCGACUGACUCCCAAUGUCCGAAUCCACAUGGAUGGGGUGCCAAGAGCAAAAGCCCUAUGCAAUUACAGAGGGCAGAACCCAAGUGACUUGAGUUUCAACAAGGGAGAUAUCAUCCUCCUUCGAAGACAGCUUGAUGAAAACUGGUACCAGGGAGAGAUCGAUGGCAUCAGUGGAAUCUUCCCCACCAGCUCAGUAGAGAUCAUUAAGCAGCUUCCACAACCUCCCCCACUCUGCCGGGCUCUUUACAACUUUGAUUUGAGAGAUAAAGACAAAAGUGAGAACCAAGACUGUCUGACUUUCCUCAAGGAUGAUGUUAUCACCGUGAUUAGCCGGGUUGAUGAGAAUUGGGCGGAAGGCAAAUUAGGUGAUAAAGUCGGCAUCUUCCCCAUCUUGUUUGUAGAGCCAAACCUCACUGCAAGACAUCUGCUAGAGAAGGGCAGAAACCAUCGGUCAUCCCACAUAAAGAGCAUGUCUCUGAGAUCCUCUUCUCCUAGAAGCAAAGUGGCAGAAUCACCAGCCUUCAAUCGGGUCAUGGACUCUAGGAGGAAGAACCCAAGACAAUUCUCCAUCAUGACAGCCUUGAAUACCCUCAACAGAAUGGUCCAUUCGCCUACAGGGCAACAGAUGGUGGAAAUCAGCUCCCCUGUGCUCAUCAGCUCCAGCAAUCCUUCUGUGGCAGCUCAGAAUUUUGAGAAGGUGGAGCUCCCACCUAACAGCCCUGUCCAGGAACAUCCGACUGUGGUUCCAUGCUCUCUUGGGAAUUCACAGUGUCCUCUGCCUUCUCAGGUCAGCACUUACUACAACACAUCUGGAUCCCUGGGACACUCUGCCGGGAUUGUCAACCUUCCCUAUUCCCAGCAACACAUAUCAGCUAAUAUGUUCGUUGCUCUGCAUUCUUAUUCAGCCCAUGGACCAGAUGAAUUAGAUCUUCAAAAAGGAGAAGGCAUCCGGGUCCUUGGAAAGUACCAUGAGGGCUGGCUUAAGGGUGUAUCCUUGGUCACCGGAAGAGUUGGGAUCUUCCCAAACAACUAUGUUGUUCCUAUUUUCAGGAAGACAUCUGGUUUUCCAGAUUCCAGGACUCCUCUCUAUGCCACGUGGACAUUAUCCACCUCUUCAGUUUCAUCCCAAGGGAGUAUCUCAGACAAUGAUCCCAGACAAGGCCAUCCCUUUAAAUCAGUCUUUGUGCCAACAGCUGUAGUCAACCCAGUAAGAAACCCCGGUGGACCAGGAGCCUUUGGACAGAGUUCUCUUCGGAAAGUACGGAGCAGCAUGAGAAAAAAUGGAUCGCUUCAGAGACCAUCCCUGUCUGGGGCCCCAAGCGCCAUUGUUGGCUCCCUCCGACGGACCCCAACUGUUUCAGUUCGAACCCAUCCAUUCACAUCUUAUCAGUCCAAAUCCAUCGCUCCACCACCUCCAACUGCCACUGUGAUUGAGGUUGGUACAAGGCCUUCUCCAACCAGUGAGUCUGCCAUCAUUUUUGGAAGCAGAGGCACUGAUAGCAAGAACCAUUCAGCCGCCAGCUCCAUCAUUGUGGAAACCAAAGAAGCCCCAGUCAAGAGUGAACCUCCCAUAAAGCCACCUGCAUCGGCUCCACCAUCCAUCCUAGUGAAACCAGAGAACUCCAAAGCCGGCACUGAAAAGCAAGUCAAAACAGUGAGAUUUCAGAACUACAGCCCUCCUCCACCCAAACACCACAGCUUCCAUUCUACCUCUGGCAAACCUGAUCCGGUGGCCAUCUCCAAAGGCUCCCAGGCAGAGACAGGCCCUUUGUGCCAAGAGAUGACAACCUUAUUUGUCCAUCGAAGUGGAUCCCAUUCUGGGCAACAGACAGACCACAGGAGAAAACCAAAGUAUUCAAAGCCCAUAGCUCCAGUACUCCCUGCCUCUGACAUAGCCAUCAUACCCAGCAAGUGA